AUGGCUACAGUAUCUUUUAAAGAGAAAAUCAAAGGCGUAGGGGGUAACGCUUUGUACGAGGCAAAGGCUCGCGUCUUACGAGAACAGCUUGAAGCCAAGUUUCCAGCAAGUCUCAGACUCCCACCAGCCAUUCUUGAGGACCCACCUCUUGAUGUGACUCACAUUCCCGAGACGUGUGGCUUGCUCACUCCCCAAGAGUUGGCCAUUACUGAGCUAGAUGCAACCGCUGUGUGCCAAAAGAUCGCUGCGGGCGAGUUGACAGCAGUCGAAGCUGUCACUGCCUUUGGAAAGCGCGCAGCUAUCGCCCAUCAGCUCACAGCUUGUCUUAUAGACUUCUUCCUCGAUGAAGGCAUAAAACAGGCACAGCAGCUGGAUGAGUACUUCCGAAAAGAAGGCAAGGUCGUUGGGCCACUGCAUGGAUUGCCAAUCUCAGUCAAAGCCCAUUACCCCAUUAAGGGGACAGUUGGGACUGGGGGCUUCCUCGUCGACAUCGAGACCUCGACGCGAGACUGCGAUAUGACAAGCAUUCUGCGUUCAUUAGGUGCAGUUUUCUAUGUCAAGACCAACCAGCCGCAAACUAUCAUGCACCUUGAGUCUCAGUCUAACUACGGUCGAUCGUUGAACCCCCACAAUACGAACCUUACUCCAGGAGGAUCUUCUGGUGGUGAAUCAGCCCUCGUCGCCAUGAAAGGCUCUUGCAUGGGUCUUGGCACCGAUGGUGGGGGAUCCAUUCGAGGUCCGUCUGCCCACUGUGGUAUAUAUGGAAUCCGUCCGUCCUCUCGGACGACGCCCACCCAUGGGCUUCUGUGGUAUCAACCUGGUCAGGACGGAGUCAUUCCUUCUACAGGCCCGAUGUGUCGCUCAGCACGAGACAUGCAACUCUUUCUCGAAGCUGUGCUUGGGGCCAAUCCUGCACUCCUGGACCCAGAUGUUUUGCCUAUUCCACUAAAUGUGCCAGAUCUGACCCAGAAGAAACUGCGUGUAGGUAUCAUGAUGCACGACGGGGUUGUGAUGCCACAUCCUCCGACUAUUCGAGCACUGAAUUUGGUGAAGGCAAAGCUUGAGGCAUCAUCAGAGGUUGAGGUGGUGGACUAUAUUCCAUAUGACCACGGCCGUGGAUAUAGCAUAGUCCACGAGCUCUACUACGAGGAUGGAGGAGCCACAGUCCGACGUCUUCUAGAGGAGAGUGGAGAAGAUAUGCAUCCGCUGACAGAAUGGGUAAUCAGUCCACAACUCGUGAAGAAUCAUGAUGCUGCGCAAGUUUGGAAGCUACGCAAUCAACGUGAUAAAUUCCGGCGGGAGUACUCUGAUCACUGGUGGUCCCAGAACGUCGACGUUGUCGUGUGCCCACCCUUCCAAGGUACAGCCAGCCUCCAUGACACUACGAAGUACUGGGGCUACACGGCCAUCUGGAAUUUGUUGGACUACCCAGGGGCAGUCUUCCCGACAGGUCUCGUCGCUGACCCAGCUGUUGACAUAUACCAGGAGCUUCCCAGUCCGAUGAGUGCGGAGGAUGAGUACAACAUCUCCCUAUAUGAUGCAGCGGCAUAUAAAGGGGCCCCAGUGUCUCUGCAGACCGUGAGCCGAAGAUUCAACGACGGCUUAGUGCUGGCGGCACAGGGUGUAAUAGAACGCAUCCUCAAGUCUUAG